UCCAAUAAAUUUGCCAGCCCAGAUGAAAAGAACCAGCAAAAGUUGGGGAAAGCCAAAAUGAAUCCAGAAGCUACAGCAGUUGAAGCAGGGAAGAGCCCUCAGAUUUCUCAGUUGAAGAAGGCCAAGAAUACAAAAAAUCAGGCUGUUUCAAAAUCUUCUCGUGCUGGUCUAGAGUUUCCAGUUGGGCGAGUCCACCGGCACAUGAAGUCCCGGUUCCAUGGGAGCAUGAGGAUUGCAGGGGCAGCAGCAGUUUAUACAGCAGCCAUUUUGGAGUAUGUUGUGGCAGAAGUUUUAGAGCUUGCAGGAAAUGCAAGCAAAGAUCUCAAGAUGAAACGGAUUUCUCCCAGACAUCUGCAGCUCUCCAUACGAGGAGAUGAAGAUCUGGAUAGUCUGGUUAAGGCCACCAUUGCAGGUGGGGGUGUAAUUCCUCAUAUUAAUAAAGCUCUGCUCAAUCCCAAGCCUUCUGUAAUGGCUACAACUACACACCCUCAACAAAAUUGAAGGGAUGUUUUCAUGAAACCAGGUUGCUUCUUUGUUUUUCAGUUGUGAUCUAGAUAGAAUUUAAUGGGAAUUUUGAUG